AUUUUCCGGUGCUCUCUCUCCCGCUGAAGAGGGAAGCACGAAACAUCUCUCUCUAGCCCCUUCUCUCUUUAUCUCUCCAAAACUUACCCCUCUAUGUCUCUCACUGUGUAAAACCCUUACAAAACCCUAUUCUUUGCCCAGCCUUUUUCUUCACAAGAACUCAUCAAACGAGUUAAAUUAAACAUCCUCUCUGAUCAAUCAGCUCGAUCAUGUCGAAGCAAUUCAGUCUUGGCAAGAUCCAUGUCUCAAACCCCAAGGUGUGGAUCGUGAUCGGUGUCGGCGUCGCCGGAGUUCUGAUCCUCGCCGAGACUCAGCGGCGGAGACUAAGAGCGACAAAGUUAGAGAGAGAAGACUUCGGCGCCUUCAUCGAACGCUUCGAGCUUCUCCCCUUUCCUCAGCCGCCGCCUCCCGCCGCUCGACAACCCCUCUAUGGCCUAACAUUUGCGAUUAAAGACAUUUUUGAUGUGAAAGACUAUGUGACUGGGUUUGGGAACCCGGAUUGGAAGAGGACCCAUGAGGCUUCCGGGAAGACUGCGGUGGUGGUGACAGCUCUGUUGAAGAAUGGGGCUACUUGUGUUGGCAAGACCGUCAUGGAUGAAUUGGCUUUUGGGAUAACUGGAGAGAAUGUGCAUUAUGGAACCCCAAGUAACCCACAAAUGCCAUCCCAUAUUCCCGGGGGAUCGUCUAGUGGUUCAGCUGUGGCUGUUGCAUCUGAACUUGUCGACUUCGCUAUUGGUACUGAUACAAUUGGAUGCGUGAGAACACCGGCAUCACUUUGUGGUAUCCUUGGAUUCCGACCAUCUCAUGGAGUUGUAUCUACAUUUGGGGUUUUGCCAAAUACACAAAGUCUAGACACUGUUGGAUGGUUUGCCCGUGAUCCAUCUAUUUUACAUCGUGUUGGGCACAUUUUACUUCAAUUGAACCAGGUGGAACCCAGAAGGACAAGACGUUUUAUUGUAGCUGAUGAUCUCUUCCAGCUUUCUAAGGUUCCCAAGCAGAAGACUGUACAAGUUGUUAGCUGUGUGACUGAAAAUUUAUCUGGCUACCAGCCACCAAAGCAUAUAAAUUUUGGUCAGUAUAUUGCUUCAAACGUGUCUAGCCUAAAAGGUUUCCAUGAAGAGUCAACAAACCUGAAAAAUGGAAUUUCUACUUUGAAAGCUCUGUCUUCUGUGAUGUUUCUACUACAAAGAUACGAAUUCAAAACAAAUCAUGAAGAAUGGGUUAAAUCAACCAAACCCAGAUUAGGACCUGAUGUCUCUGAUCGCGUUCGUGCAGCAAUUAGCACUGCAUAUGAGAACAUUAAAAGUUUAUAUAAAGUCAGAACUGAAAUGAGAUCGGCUCUCCAAAGUCUCUUGAAGGAUGAUGGAAUAUUAGUAUUGCCCACAAUUGCUGAUCCUCCGUUAAAACUUAACUCAAAGAAAGGUCUCUCUGCUGAGUUCCAUGACAGAGCAUCUGCUCUACUGAGCAUAGCAAGUAUGUCUGGUUGCUGUCAGGUUACCAUUCCAUUAGGCAAUCAUGACGGUUGUCCAAUCUCUGUUUCUUUCAUUGCAUUCCAUGGAGCUGAUAAAUUUCUUCUUGAUACUGUAUUGGAUAUGUACUCAUCUCUUCAAAAGCAAGUUAGCCUUGUUUCCAAUUCACCUUCAUUGCCAGAUAUGAAUGGCAACAUGGAUGCUUCUGAACUGUUGAAAGAAAAGGGAAAUGCUGCAUUUAAGGGACGACAGUGGAAUAAGGCUGUGAGUUACUACAGUGAAGCAAUAAAGUUGAACGAGAUGAAUGCAACUUAUUAUUGCAACCGAGCUGCUGCUUAUUUAGAAUUAGGAUGCUUUCGAGAAGCUGUGGAGGACUGCAGUAAGGCAAUAUCACUUGAUAAAAAGAAUGUGAAGGCAUAUCUGAGGCGAGGAACAGCUAGAGAAUCACUUCUCUUUUAUAAAGAGGCUCUUCAAGAUUUCAAGCAUGCUCUUGUCCUAGAACCGCAGAACAAGCUUGCCAAUCUUGCAGAAAAGCGGCUAAGGAAACUUACAAGCUGAGUCCCUCGCCCGCCCACACUGGCAAAAAAAGAAAAAGUAAGAAUAAUAAUAACAAGCACAAAUAUGUAAAAUCGAUCAAUGUGGCAUUGACAUGAAAAUGGUAAGGUACAACUGGUCCAUGAGGCUUAACAUAGCAUUGGAAUGAUAAUUUUUUGUCGAGGUAUAUGCUUGUUUAGCUGUACAUGCGGAAACAAAGGGGAAAAAAAACAAGUGAUCAGUAAGCCUGUUUGAAGGCUUUUGCAAUUUUUUCUUCAGUUAGAUGUUUAUUUUAUAUUAUUUUAUUUUCUGUGCA